GCUCGGGCCCCACCUCUCUCUCUCUAUUGUUCUCCUCCACUCCUCACCGCGCCCCCGCCUCUCAGCUCUUCUGGCGACCACCUCCUCCACUGCUCCGCCUCCCAUCUCGGGCGCCGGCGAUCACUGUCCAGGUUCCAGACCCCUCCGCCAAGGCCUGCGUAUUUGCUGCAUUUUCCACCUGGUCAUUAAGAUACUGUUUCCACUUUUCAGCUUUGCAUCAUAUUCCAAGGAUGUCUCAUAGAUGAUGUUGCAAGCAUGAGUCUUGCAGCAGAAUCUCCAUUGCACUCCUCAAGUAGUAGUGAUGAUCUCGCUGCAUUCCUUGAGGCAGAGUUGGAAUUGGCUUCUUCUGACACUUCUCCUAAUUAUCAACCAGAUGAAGAUGAGGAAAUAAUGAUGUUCAUGAGCAGAGGUUUCUUAUUAGCAUUUUAUAGGUUAUGCUUGUUCUUGUUUGCUACAUGCAUAUGCAGGAUUAAAAGACGUAAAGUGGAGAGCUUGGAGGGCAUAAAAGAGCUUCAGGGAUCAGUGAUGAUCGAGACAAAUCAAGAAAAUAUUGGUAUUAUUGGUACAUCUAAGAAACUGGCAGAUGAGGAUUCAUGCCCUCCACAUCCUGGAUUUUAUAAAGGCUUGUGCUUGAGAUGUGGUCAGCUAGCGGAGGAUGAUGGGCCUAUGCUUUCACUUGACUACAUUACUAAGGAUUUAAAAUUAGGGACUAGGGAGAGUGACAGACUACGGAAGGAAGAUCUUAAGAACUUGUUGCGCGAAAAAAAGCUAAUACUGAUCUUAGACUUGGAUCAUACUCUACUCAACUCAACCCGGCUUGCAGAUGUCUCUUUGGAGGAGGAGUAUUUGUUAAGGCAAGCAGAUUCCAUAAAAGAUGAUCCAAAAAGAAGCUUAUUCAAGUUGGAUGCUAUGCAUAUGCUGACAAAGUUGAGGCCCUUUGUCCACACCUUUUUGAAAGAAGCAAGCAGUAUGUUUGAGAUGUAUAUAUAUACUAUGGCAGAGCGUUCCUAUGCACUGGAAAUUGCCAAGCUCCUUGACCCUGAGAAAGUCUACUUCAAUUCCAAAGUAAUUUCACAAGCUGAUUGCACCCAGCGGCAUCAGAAAGGCCUUGAUGUGGUGCUGGGAGCGGAAAACAUUGUGUUGAUUCUUGAUGACACAGAGUUUGUAUGGCAGAAACACAAAGAGAACCUAAUUCUGAUGGAAAGAUACCAUUUCUUUUCUUCUAGCUGUCGCCAGUUUGGCUUCAAUGCCAAAUCAUUAUCAGAAUUGAAGAAAGAUGAAAGAGAGUCUGAUGGUGCACUUGCAACCAUUCUUAAUGUUUUAAAGUGCACUCACCAGAUGUUUUUUGAUCCGGUCCUGGGCACGGACCUCUCCUCCGGAGAUGUUAGACAGGUUUUGAAGAAAAUCCGACGAGAGAUAUUACAGGGAUGCAAAAUAGUUUUCAGCAGGGUAUUUCCUUCCAAAUCACUGGCCAAGGAUCAGCCAAUUUGGAAGUUGGCUGAACAGUUAGGUGCAAUAUGCUGUACAGAUGUGGAUGCAUCCAUAACACAUGUAGUCUCGACUGAUACAGGAACACAAAAAGCGCAAUGGGCCCUGCAGAAUGAGAAGUUUUUGGUAAACCCACGUUGGAUUGAAGCAGCAAAUUACUUAUGGCGUCGGCAGCAGGAGGAGGAUUUUCCGAUUAGCAGUUCAAGAAAUUCAUGAGGAUAUGCUCCAUAUUGUCGUUAAAGUCACCAACUUGGAGAAACUAGUAUAUACCCAACCUAUAGAAUGACCACAAUAUUGGAUUGUUAGGCUUUGUUGUACCCUUGGUUGUUUUUGUGACUUCGUGUAUAAUGCUGAUAUCAACUGUUGUCUUGUCACUAAGUGGGUGCUCUGGCCUUCUGAUGCCAACGUAGGCAUUAUUUACAUUAUUGAGAUCUCUUGCUUUGUUGGGAGAAUCUAUCUCUGUCAUCCGUGCAUUGAAGUUUACUUUCUUUUCCUUUCUUUAGGGGAAACUGAGUCUGUUGUUGUCCUUCAUGGUACCUGCAGAUAUUGCACAUCUAAAAAUUACAGCACAGUUUCACCUGAAUGUUAGUCCUACUGUUGUUUAAUCA